AUGGCCCGGCUGCUCCGGGCAUCCUGCCUUCUGUCCCUGCUCCUGGCUGGCUUCAUCCCUCCCAGCCGGGGACAAGACAAGUCUAAGACAGACUGCCAUGGUGGCAUGAGCGGCACCAUCUACGAUUAUGGAGCCCUCACCAUCGAUGGGGAGGAGUACAUUCCCUUUAAGCAGUACGCUGGCAAAUACGUCCUCUUUGUCAACGUGGCCACCUACUGAGGUCUGACGGGCCAAUAUGUGGGUAAGCACCCGCCUUCUUCCCCGGCUCUACUUGGGCUGUUUCUGAGACCACACCAUCUCUGCUCUCUCCUUGUCCCAGAACUGAAUGCACUACAAGAGGAGUUUGCACCAUUUGGUCUGGUCAUUCUGGGCUUCCCCUGCAACCAAUUUGGAAAACAGGAACCAGGGACUAACUCGGAGAUCCUACCUGCUCUCAAGUAUGUCCGGCCAGGUGGGGGUUUUGUCCCCAACUUCCAGCUCUUUGAGAAAGGGGAUGUGAAUGGUGACAAAGAGCAGAAGGUCUACACUUUCCUGAAGAACUCCUGUCCCCCCACCUCGGAGCUCCUGGGCUCACAUAGCAGCCUCUUCUGGGACCCCAUGAAGAACCAUGACAUCCGCUGGAACUUCGAGAAGUUCCUGGUGGGGCCAGAUGGUGUACCCAUCAUGCGCUGGCACCACCGGACCACGAUCAGCAAUGUCAAGUUGGACAUCCUGACUUACAUGAGGCGACAGGCAGCCUUGGGGGCCAGGGGGAAGUAACUGACAGCUGCCCUCCCGUCCAUCCUGCCAAGACUGGGGGCUCUGUUCAGGAAGGAAUCCACAUUUCUAAUCAUACCACAUACCCACCACAGCCCCAUCUCCUACUAACAAGACCCCAGCCUGACAUAUAUACACGUGACACAUUUGUGUGUGUGUGUGCGCACAUGUGUGUCUCCCUGGAGGGACAUCCAGCCUGGAAACUACCAGCUGGGUGCUGUGUGGAGAGAUGGAGAUAUCUCCUUCUCUCCAGCUCUUCUGUCCUUGAAGGAAAACCAUUUAUGUGUCCAAUUCUCUUUACUGUAACCUGAACCUCGACCCUGAGGCCUUCACCUCCCAGUGCCUCCAAAUACCAUCCAGCAAAUCAGAGUCUACCACGCGACCCAGCCCACCUCCUCCUUCCUGAAGGUGCCCCCGACCCCAUUCAGCUUCCCACCCCCAUCCCAUAGUGCUACCCGAGAACAGCCAAGGCAGAUGUGAGAGGGCAGGCCACACACCCCAUGUCAGGGAUGGUGUCUCCAUGAGGGAGGGGUCCAAAGCCCAUGUGGGCGGA